CCGUAUCGCGAGAAAACCCGAGAACAUGGAAACAAGACAACAAAAAUAAAUUUGUGGACAACAAGCCAGAGUGCAUGAUGGCGGCGUCGCUGCUGCGCCGGGACAAGAAAGCCACUGCCGCCCACUUGAAGGCAGACUUAAACCGGACUGACAAUAGCUCCGGAGUCCGGCAACUACAGGAGCUUCUUGACGUUGUACUGAAUCCCGAAAAACCAGCGGCGGACGCAGAAGCUCUUGACUGGUGUAAAUGUCUGAUUGCAGGAGGCGAAGGUUUCGAUGAGUUCUGUAAAACGGUGCGCUCCUAUGACAACGCGACUCUGUGCGGCUUGGUUUGGACGGCUAAUUUCGUGGCAUAUCGAUGCCGGACCUGUGGCAUCUCUCCGUGCAUGUCGUUGUGUGCUGAGUGCUUCAAUAACGGAGACCACACGGGCCAUGAUUUCAACAUGUUCCGGAGCCAGGCUGGUGGGGCCUGUGACUGUGGAGACAGUAAUGUCAUGCGAGAGAGUGGGUUUUGUCGAAGGCAUCGGUUGAGAACUGGGGAAAAUAUCCCCUCAAUUCCCAGAGACCUGCUCUUGAUGUCUGAGAUGGUUCUUCCCCGCUUUAUCCUGUGUAUCAUACAGUAUCUGAGAGAUGGAUAUGUUGAACCAGACACCUCAACUGAGAGAGAUCUACAGAAAGUCCUGCAACAGCUGGAGCCUCAGAUCUCCUUCCUGGAGGAGCUUACAAAGAUGGGAGGAGCAAUGAGGACUGUGCUGACAAAAAUCUUGACCAAUCAGCAGGCGUUCAAGGAGCUGAGCAUGGGCCAAGAGGAGAAUUUGUACGCUAAGAAGAACUAUGACAAGUAUUUGUCAGCACUGAAGAAUUCAGGUCUGGUAUCAGUGGAGGAAAAAGGCCAGAGUGCUGCUGCUGAUGUUGCUGUUGGGGCUGAAGGAGGUGCAGGCGCGAUGGUCCUGUUAGGAAACAGCGGACCAGGGAGUCCAGACGAGCCAAGUAAAGAGGAGGAUCAAGAUGGAGGACAGUCUGUUGGUCAGAGGAAGAGGGUUAAGCUGAGUAGCAGUACCAAAGACCCUUGUAUUAUUGAAUCUCUGAAGCAUAAAUGCUUCCUGGAAGAGUUGCUGUUUUGGACAAUAAAAUACGAGUUUCCUCAGAAGAUGGUCACCUUCUUAUUAAACAUGUUGCCAGAUCAAGAUUACAAGAUCACCUUUACAAAAACAUUUGUCCAACAUUACGCUUUCAUCAUGAAAACGCUGAUGAAAAGCCACGAGUCGGAUACGAUGUCCAACCGCAUCGUGCACAUUAGUGUGCAGCUGUUCAGCAACGAGGAGCUGGCUCGACAUGUCACAGAGGAGUGUCAGCUGCUGGACAUCAUGGUCACAGUCCUCCUCUACAUGAUGGAGAGUUGCCUUAUUAAAAGUGAACUUCAGGAUGAAGAGAACAAUCGGCAUGUUGUGGUGAACUGCAGUGAAGCACUGUUGAAGAACAACACCUACUGGCCCCUAGUUAGUGAUUUCAUUAACAUCCUCUCACACCAAAGUGUAGCGAAAAAGUUCCUGGAAGACCACUCAUUGUUGAUGCUGUGGAUGAGCUUUGUGUCGUUUUUCCAAGGUAUGAAUCUUAAUAAGCGGGAGUUGAAUGAACAUGUGGAAUUUGAGUCUCAGACGUACUAUGCAGCAUUCGCAGCAGAGCUUGAGGCCUGUGCACAACCAAUGUGGGGUCUCUUGACACACUGCAAAGUCAAAGAAACACAGGAAUACACUAAAACUGUGGUUCGAUACUGUCUGGAGACCUUGCAGAUCUGGUUUGAUGCCAUUGGCUUCAUAGAUGAGCCUGCUCCGAAUCAAGUGACAUUUCACCUGCCACUCCACCGCUACUACGCCAUGUUCCUCAGUAAGGCUGUAAAAUGCCAAGGACUGGAUCUGGACAGCCUCCUUCCUGACCAAGAGAUGUUGAUGAAGAUCAUGGUGCAUCCACUCCAGAUCCAGGCGUGCCUGUCAGAAAUCCACAGCAACAUGUGGGUGAGGAAUGGACUGCAGAUUAAGGGACAGGCUAUGACUUAUGUGCAGUCACACUUCUGCAACUCCAUGAUUGAUCCUGACAUCUAUCUGCUGCAGGUUUGUGCAUCAAGACUAGACCCUGACUACUUUAUCUCAAGUGUUUUUGAGAGGUUUAAAGUAGUCGACCUGUUGACCAUGGCGUCUCAGCAUCAGAAUGCCGUGUUGGACUCUGAGCAAGAGAGACCAAUGCUAGAAGGAGCACUUACCUUUCUGGUCAUACUAACAAGCCUUCGCAUUCAUUUGGGGAUGACCGAUGAUGAGAUCCUUCGGGCUGAAAUGGUCUCUCAGUUGUGCAUGAACGAUCGUACGCACAGCGCACUCUUAGACCUUAUUCCUGAAAAUCCCAACCCAAAGAGUGGCAUUGUACCCGGUAGCUGUAGUUUUGAGGAUAUGCUCUCUGCUGUAGCCGACUUCAAAGCACCUGUGUUUGAGCCUGGAGGAUCCAUGCAGCAGGGCAUGUACACACCCAAAGCCGAAGUGUGGGAGAAAGAGUUUGACCCCAUCAUGGUCGUUCUCAGAACAGUCUAUCGCCGUGAUGUCCAGUCCGCAAUGGACAGAUACGCAGCAUUUUUGAAACAGUUUGGCAUUCACACCGGCAACCCCUGGCCACCAUACAAGGAGAGGACUCCUCUGCACCCAUGUUACAAAGGUCUAAUAAGGCUGUUGCACUGCAAGACGCUGCACAUUGUGAUAUUCACUCUACUUUAUAAGAUCUGGAUGGAUCAUCAGAACAUGUCUGAACACGUGCUGUGCAUGGUGCUGUACCUGAUUGAACUGGGUUUGGACAACCAGAUUCAAGACAACAAGGAAGAUGAGGAGCCUUGCAUUGAGGAGCACUGUCACGACAGCUGGUUCCCAGGCACCAAUCUCCUCUCCAAUCUGCACCAUGUCAUCAACUUUGUCAGGGUGCGGGUUCCUGAGACCGCUCCAGAGGUAAAGAGAGAGGCACCUCCCAGCACCAGCACCGAAGCUUCUUCUUAUGGCCAGAAUUCCAGGCGUCUUUCAGGAAAUUGGAGAGAGAACCUUCGCGAAGCUCAGGUGUUCAGUCUCGUGGCAGAACGUAGGAGGAAGUUCCAGGAGAUAAUCAACCGCAGCACCACCGAAGCCACGCAGGCUGUCAGGCCCAAGAGCUCCUCGACACGCUGGGUUCCGCCAGGCACGCCCCCGCAGCUGGUCACAGAGAUUCUGGAGAUCCGUGAAAGCAUGCUCUCCCUCCUCAUCAAGCUCCACCAGAAGAUGUCAUCUAAGCAGAACUCUCUUUCGCCAUCUUGGCUAGAGGACGUCAAGUCGAACCGCCUCGCUCACGGAGACGGCAUAACAGCCAUUGAACGUAUCCUCACCAAGGCAGCCACGCGCAGCUGCCAAAUCAAGCGUAGCAUCCAGGACAUUUGUGGAAAGGUGUGUCCACCAGUACCACCAAAGAAGAACAGUCCCACUGACAAGAAAGCCAUGGACAAAGAAGAAAGGCGUCAGAGGGCUAGAGAGAGACAGCAGAAACUGCUUGCUGAAUUUGCCUCCAGGCAGAAGAGUUUCAUGGAAACAGCCAUGGAUGUCGAAUCCCCUGACAUAGAAGCAGCCAUGGACUUAGGAGCAUCUGAAGUGAUGGAGUCCGAGAUCCUUUAUGACUGCGUCAUCUGUGGCCAGAGUGGACCUUCCACUGAGGACCGACCCACUGGCCUAGUAGUUCUCCUCCAAGCCUCUUCAGUGCUCGGGCAUCGCUGCAAAAGCACGGAGCCUAAAAAUCUGCCGACGAGCGACGAGGAGCACGUUUACCCAGCAGACACGUGCGGCGCGGCUAAUGAUGUCAGGCUCACACUCAUGCAACGGUUCUUCAAAGAUAGUUCUUGUCUGCAGUCAGUGUCAAUAGGUUGGGAUGGUGGCGUCUAUGUCCAGACCUGUGGACACACUUUGCAUAUAGAUUGCCAUAAGUCCUACAUGGAGUCUCUGAGGAAUGACCAGGUCCUCCAGGGUUUCUCCGUUGACAAGGGUGAGUUUACAUGCCCGCUGUGUCGACAGUUUGCCAAUAGUGUCCUCCCCUGUCGCCCUGGGAGGGGCACAGAAGCCGGUACCUGGCACACACCCACAAACAAGAAGACCUCUGUGCUCGUAAAAGAGGUGGAAGAACUUCAGGAGAAACCUGGCCUGUUCCCAACGGAGUCUAAUUUGAGUAAAGAGAUGGAGUUAGUAAUCAAAGACAUCAAGAACACCACCCAGAAGAAGUACAUGGACUAUGGCAGGAACCCUGGCUCCCCUGACAAUGAUUUCCUCUUCAUGUAUUCAGUGGCAAGGACAAACCUGGAGUUGGAACUUGUGCAUCGAGGAGGAAACUUGUGUUCUGGAGGAGCCAGUGCAGCUGCCAAGCGCUCAUGUCUCAAUCAGCUGUUUCACGUGUUGGCCAUGCACAUGCGUCUGUACAGCAUCGAUUCAGCCUACAACCCCUGGACGAAGUUGACUCAGAUUGUACAAAUUAAAGAGGCAGAUUCCUUUGAUGAAGAGAGGCCUGAGGUACCCAUGCUGUUUCGAGACGUCCCGUCGCUCCUGAUUAUCUUUGUGCUAACGAUGCCCCAGCCUCUGCGUAAAGAGCACUUUACCUGCGUGGUGAAGAUGUUGUACAACCUGCAGUUCACUCAGGCUCUGGCUGCACUGUCAACAAAGUUCAGCUCAGAGGAAAGGCAGGCCUGGAGCACAUCUGGAGCACUCAAGAAGAACGCUGCAAAUUCUGAUAAGUCUUUUGAAGCACUGCUCAGUCAUGUUAUCAGUGAGCUCUCGAAGGACAAGAGUGUCUACAAGGUGAACUCUGAAGAAGCAACAAUGCUGAGCUCCAGUGUGUGGUCCCCGCAGUCUAUCGAGUUCAGCCUGCAGCAGUUCUGCCUGCCCUUCCUGCGCCUCUCCUGCCUUUUGCAGCACCACCUGUAUGGAGACAACCUAACCGGCUGCUUGGAGGAAGAGGAGUUUGCAUCCUUGGCUGUGUGUUUAGGGCUUUUGCCCUCCGCCCCUCAGCCUGCCAACACCUUGCAAAGUGCCUCGUGUCUGGAGUGGCCAGUCAACACCUUUGACUUGGUGACGCAGUGGGGCGCUGAGGUCAAAGGGCUCUCUCAGAUACAUGCUGAGGAGUCACUGACCUUGCUGGUCCAUGAUCCUCAGUGGGCAGCGCCCCGCCUCCUGCAGCUGCCUGACAACUACAAUAUCAUCUUCCAGUACUAUCACAGAAAGGCCUGCUCUGCCUGCAAAAAGGUGCCAAAAGACCCCGCGCUCUGCCUUGUUUGCGGCGCUUUCGUCUGUCUCAAAGGCGUGUGCUGCAAGCAGCAGGGUAUCUGUGAAUGUGUUUUGCACUCCCAACAUUGUGGCGCUGCGACAGGCAUCUUUCUACUGAUAAAUGCUUCAGUCAUCAUCAUCAUCCGUGGACAUCGUUUCUGUCUGUGGGGCUCUGUUUACCUUGAUGCGCACGGAGAGGAAGAUCGGGAUUUACGUCGUGGCAAGCCUCUCUACUUAUGUGAGGAGCGGUAUCGAGUGUUGGAGCAACAGUGGGUUUCACACACCUUUGAUCACAUCAAUAAGCGUUGGGGGCCUCAUUAUAAUGGACUCUAAGAUCUUCCAAAGUCCACUGAAAAAUCACAUCCCAUGAUGGAGAAGAUUUUUUUUUAGGUUUUUCUUUUUUUAGGGAUUUUGUUUUCCUUCUGGCUUAUGUGUCUGCCUUGAUCAAAAUAUUUGGAAACUCUUGCUGUGAUAAACACAAACAUCCAGCGAGGGCUAUUUCUGCCACAGCCUUGGUUUAUGUGAAGUUUGGUGUACAGUCAUGCCUAAAGAUUUAACACGUGUGUGUGUUCAAGUGAUUUAUUGUGUGGUUUUUCUACAGGGAAAAACAGAAUUUGGUGAGAUUAAAGUAAAAAAGUAAAAAAAACAACAAAGAAAAAGAGAGGGGGGAAUUAAAAAAAAAAAAAAAAGCACAAAUUUGCCCACAAACUGAAUUGGUUUGGAUCAGGCUUUUAAAGUCUCUCCAGUUUAUUUGGUUUAAAAAACAAAACAAAAAUCAAUUGCUGAUUGUCCCUGCAAAGUUUGAUUACUUUACCACCAUUUCUGAUGUAAACGCAUAUCCCUAUUAUUUAUCAAAAUGUGCUCUGCUGUGCUGGCAUGAGUUUCAAGCUCCUGGUAAGUAUAGCAAUGUUACUGCAGUGUGCACUCAUUGUCUGCUGACAUGUGAUAGGAGGCAGGACAAGUCCACCCAUCAACACACUAGAGUUUAUUUUGCUAACAAGCAAAGACUCUUUCUUUUAUGGGUCUAGUUGCAAUCCAUCCUCAGGAAUUUUUUUUGUUUUUUUUUGUUUUUGCUGAAAUACGUUUUAGAUAUUUAAAUAAAUGCUGCUGCUCAUUGUUCAAGUAAUUAAUUUUAACUUUGAAGAAUUUGUUUUUUUUUUUGUUUUUUUCCUAAGGUUGUGUUUUGGGUUUACCGUAGAUGGUUGGGAAUGUUGACUCAAACUCACUUUAAUGGUUAAGGAAGUGUGCGGUCACCAAAUUACACCCACUACACUUCUCAUAGCGUUGGCCUUUUCACACUGUUUAACUCAAAACUCCACCUUUAAGACACUGAGCUGUCUUAAGCCUCAUCAUCACCACCCCCGUAUAAAUCCAAAGUCUAAACAUUGAGGGAAGGCAAAGAGAUCUCACCGCGCAUCUGGUGUCCUGAGCGUCAUGCAAGAGCAAAAAUGCUACAUCAGUUCUGUCAGAGUGUUCUCUCGAGGUAUGAAACUCGGUGGGAGUUGUGUUGCUUCUGUGAGGAGACUGCAGUACUUGUCACUCGUCUUUCUGUGCCAUCAGAAAAAGGCUUUCCCUUUACGCUUCUGAUUGCCAGGUCAUAAACUGCAGUACAGAACAUUUAUUAUUAUUAUUAUUAUUAUUAUUAACAACUAUCUGUUAUACAUCAUGCACCAUGUAGUUGUGAUUUAUAGUUGCAUUCCAACAUUGCAAGACUAUCAGACUUGAGUAUCCGUUAUACACUGUGCAUGACAUCCUUUAAGCCACCAUUAUUUAAGUGUCUUAGCUACUUCAUUUUUUGAUUAUCAUCUUUUUUUUUUUUUUUCCUGGAAGAGAAGUUUCAUCCAGCCGUGCCUGCAAGAUUAAGGGGGCCUAUUAUGCUUAUUUCCAGCUCCAUGAUUUUAAAUGAGACUUCAUUAGAGAAACUUUGCUUCUUCACAGUUCACAAGAACAUAAAAAGCCCCUUAUUUAUUAUCAUUUCUUCUUCUUCUUCUUCUUCUUCUUUAAAAUGCCUCUUCAAGCCUCUGUCAACCUAAAAGCUCACUUUCUUCUGAUUGGCUGCCCUUUGCCUGGCGUCCAAAAAAACUAAACCUAGUGCUUGUAAGCUCCGCCUCCUCAUCUCAUAUUCAAAACUGCAGUUCGGCACAAGAGUUGGGAAAACUGUUGUGAACUGAGCAGCUUAAAGGAAUUAGCUGUUAUCGGCGUCCAUCAAUGAGCCAGUUUAUUUGUAAAUGACAGAAAAAGAGAAAAGGCAUAAUAGGACCCCCUUUUUUUUAAUGCUUACUUUCAGUGAUCAGCACACAGCUGAUAUUCCUGAUGUCUGGUUUUGAAAUGCUGGGUCACAUUGUGCUGCAUCGCAGAAUCUCUAAGGAACAAGUCAACACUUGAAACACUUCCUCUUGAAUUCAUGCAUGCUGCUUUUGUGUUUUCUCCUGUCUCUUUUAUUUUUGUUGUACCCACUUUGUUAAUGACCGCAACCAAAUAGCCAACGAUGGGUGUAAAUUGUAACUGAAAGCUUUUGUGUGUUUUCCUGUAUGAAUGGGGAGAGAAUACAGUACAUUACUGUAGGUGCUGACUCAAACUUUCUGAGUUUGACCAGAAAGUGUGACUUGGGACAUUUAAUGCAAAAUGUAACAUAUGUGAAUAAAAUAUAAACACAGUGA